UCUGCCGGCCGGCCAUGGCGUUCCGGAGGCGGGCCAAGAGCCACCCUCUCUUCAGCCAGGAGUUCCUCAUCCACAACCACGCCGACAUCGGCUUCUGCCUGGUGCUCUGCGUCCUGGUCUCGCUCAUGUUCGAGAGUAGCCCUAUUGAAGUUGCCACACUGAUGCAGCUGUCUUCAGUCACUGGGUCAUGAAGUUUUGUCAUCUAUGACUGGCAUCCUGUUGAUUACUUACAACUAGAGUAGAUCCAUUCAAUCAAUUGUUGAAUGGCCACAGCCAAGACUGCCUUCUUGUUUAUCUUACCUCAGUAUAAUGUUAGUGUGCCUACAACAGAUGGUGAACUUGUUCUUUAUCACUAUGGGCUAAAGGAUUUGGUCACAAUACUCUUCUACAUCUUCAUAGCAAUAAUUUUGCACGCUGUGGUGCAGGAAUAUGUCUUGGAUAAAAUCAACCGGAGGCUCCAUCUCUCUAAGAUCAAGCACAGCAAGUUCAAUGAGUCUGGACAGCUGAUAGCAUUCCAUCUUGCCUCUGUAGCAUGGUGCUUAUAUGUGGUAAUAACGGAAGGAUACUUAUCAAAUCCCAAGAGUCUGUGGGAGAGCUACCCUCAUAUUCAUCUCCCGUUCCAGGUGAAGUUUUUCUACCUUUGCCAGCUGUCCUAUUGGCUGCAUGCACUACCUGAACUGUAUUUCCAGAAGGUGCGAAAGGAGGAGAUUCCUCGUCAACUGCAAUAUAUCAGCCUUUAUUUGGUGCAUAUAGCUGGAGCAUACCUCUUAAACCUCACACGCCUGGGACUAAUCUUGCUGCUGCUGCAGUACGUGGCUGAAUUCCUCUUCCACAUGGCUCGCCUUUUCUAUUUCACAGAUGAAAACAAUGAAAAGCUGUUCCAUGCAUGGGCGGUGGUGUUUGUCAUCACUCGGCUUUUCACUCUUACCCUUUCUGUGUUGGUCAUUGGUUUUGGAUUGGCUCGGGAAGAAAACCAAGUGUUUGACCCAGAGAAAGGAAAUUUCAACACUUUGCUUUUGAGGAUGUGUGUGUUGCUUCUGGUGUGCUUCUCGCAGGCCUGGAUGAUGUGGCAUUUCAUCCACUUUCAGCUACGACGCUGGCGGGAGUACUGGAAUGAACAGAGUGCAAGAAAAAGAACUGCAGCCACUGUCCAUGCCAAACAACAACUCAAGGCCAUGAAAAGGGAGUCUGGUUACCAUGAAAAUGGAGUUAUAAAAGCAGAAAACGGUACCUCACCACGGACCAAGAAACUCAAGUCUCCAUAGAGCCAAACCACAGCUUGCAAGGGAUAUUUGACGAGGAUGUGGUGAAAGUGAGAUGGAGGAUUCUGGGAAGAGGAACAUAUUCCUCUCUUUUGGCCUUAUCAAGUUCCACCUCAAGUAGCUUGAAGACACAUUAUGGAACUAUCUUAUUUUCUCUUUAUCAGUUUGCGAAAACCAAAAAAGAAAAGAAAAAGAAAACUUCUUUUAUAUUGGGGUUUAAGAACACCAAACACACUGCCUGGUGUAUUACCUUAUUGUGUAUCUUUUCUCUAUCCUUCUUCAACAUGCUUUCUUCCUUUGUUUUCCUUCACUUGGACACGUUUGACAGGCAUUUCUUUUCUCCAGAAAUCUAUUCCUUACUCCAGCCACUCUUCAUCUAGCAACACUUUAUACUGGAGACAGAGCAAAUACUUACAGUGUUGCAGGUUCUACCAACAGAGAGAAAACCGUAUAGUGCAUAUUUCAGAGGGUGAAACAUUAACCUGUGACUUCUGUUGAAUUCUGGAAAGUUAGGCAGAUGUAAACCUCUUCUUUCAAAUAGAUUUGCUAAUAUCUUAGCAAGAAUGGAAAUCCCCUUAAAACACCAAAAUGGUGAUCUGCCUGCCUAACUUCUUAGUAUCUGUGUGGAGCACUUUCCAUCUCAACUCCCUCAGAUAAUUUUGCUUAACCUACAGUGCCUUAGUGAAGGGAGCAGUGUCAUCAUUCACUCAAAGCCAUUCAGGCAAUAUAGUAUGGUCUCUGCACCUUUACCCACAGUUUAACCUACCUACAUCUGACAAAUGUGUCCUCUCUGGGUCCUCCAGGUGAUUCUAUGGUAUGCUUCUAAUGGAGGCUAUCAUGGGGUUGUCUUGGAACACCUAACAAAUUCCUAGAAUGUCUUAGGUCCUUCAGGGUGCCUAUGUGGUAACUAAGAUGUCAAUUUCAGUAGGGUUUCUAUUAUCCAGUUUCUUAUUUCCACAAUAAGUUCAGAAAUGUAUUCUCCCAUGGACUGGGCUCAUACUCUACAUAAGUCUUUAUGUAUAGCCUCUGACUUUUUUAUUGAAUAUGGGGACAGCUUCCCUAAAACAUUUAUUCCUAAGUAGCAGUGUUCUUCAACAUGGUGGUGGUGUGAUUUGCAUGCCUGAGACCAACUGAACACAGGAUAGCAAUAUUGUUACGCAGGUAGUGCGACCCUUUGCAUAUUUACUCAGAGGUAUGCCCCAAUAUAUUCAAAUGGAUUUCCAUCCUAGCAAUUGCCCUUUGGAUUGCAACCUUUGGCUUUUAUUGUUUCCACAUCUCCCUCUUCAUAAGUUUUGCCUAAGAUGAUCUGAGGCUGUCAACAAUAUUCUUCCCCUGCUAAUGAGACUUACAUGGACUGUUUCCUACUAAUUUGCCUGAAUUAUGAAUGUGAUAAGAGGGAAAUUAUUGAAUAAGGGGGGGAUUUCUCCAGCUAUUAGGCCAUCUUUUCCUAAAAGGUGGUGAUUAGUGUUAAAUAUGAACUCUACCUCAAAGGCCACUGCUUUCUGAAUUUUUUUUCACAUUGCUUCUUGUUCUUAAAACAGAAUUAGAAGUGACACAGGAAAAAGAAAGAGAAUUGGUCCCUUACACAGGAAUAAUGGGUUAUUUGUACUGCUACACUGGUUCCUUUUUUAAAAGGCAUAUCCUUAGACAGCUGAGGUUCAUUCAGGAGAUUUAGGUCUGAGUACUAUGAUUGUCCUAAGGGCCACCUUGAGAUCAAAUGCAACUGGGUACAUUAUGAAAUUUUUCUUUGUGAGGCUCCCCUGAAUUUUAGAUAAUCACAAAGAAAGGACAUCAUUUUUCCCCUCUCUUUUUGGCCAUACCCUUUAAUAGAUAAUUGUUUUCUUUAGAGCUCUUCUUUCUUGACACAACAACAGUUCUUUCUGAUUGAUACACAUUAAGGACAUUUUGUUUUUCACGAUGGAACAGGGCUAUGGACUGUUGAGACUGUUCAUUCACAGUAGUGAAUACUUCAUUUUACUGAAAGUUAGCCUUGUGGCUGAUGCAAAACAACCACCUCAGGUCAAUGAGAAGUACCUGUUUUACAGGUUUUAAAUCAUUUUAGCAAAAUCGGAAUCUGUUAGUAAAUGAUAAAGAUUUCAUUUUCAGGUUGCCUUUCCAUUCCUCCUUCACGUUCCUAAACUUAGCACAACUUGUGAUUCACAAAAUCUAAUGUGGUGCAUCAGCCAUGUGUUACAAGUCAUCAAUUACUUUUCUCUGGAGAUACCUACCUGAUAGAUUGCCACAACUCUGUUAAACCAUAAUGUGUAGCUAGUAAAGUAAAGUCAUCUUGAUGGGUCCCAGGUACGGGGCUGCACUAAAGCUUUUUAGGGAGUGUUAACUACAUUAUGAGAUGAACAAAGCUGCCUAAACUGCUUAUUGUAUUUGACUGAUCUGGCACUAUGUGCAGCUCUUUCCUUGCCCUUUUCCUGUGCAUUCUAGUUCUGCUUGCACUUUUUGGAAAGUAUUAUGCUGAUUUUCCUCUUCAGAUCCUUGGAAUAUUUGAGCUGAAGCAAAUUUUCCCACAUUGUGCCUGUCACCUCUAAGCUCUUGCUGAGUCCCAAAUUUACCUCAUCUGUGUUAAUUUCUAUAUGUAGGAGUGAAGGGGUUAAACUGAGUGGUGCUAUGCAAGUCAGGUGGGGUGUGAUCAAGUUAGCAUGAUGGAGCAGUGAACCAGUUCUGUCAGUAGAACCUGUUGAAAACCAAAGACAUAGGCAUGUUAGGCUGAAUCGGUAUGUGAAGGGAUUUUGUAGCAUCUUUGAAACUGAAAAACUUAAAUUUGUGAAAGUUUAUGCUAUAAACUUCUUUACUUUCUGUUAGGUCCCAUCUGCACUGCCAUAUAUUGCAAUGUCAGAAUGCAGAUUAAUUGCAUUAAACUGGAUUAUAUGGCAGUGUAGACUUAUAUAAUCCAAUGCUGUUCAGUCUGCAUUAUAUGACAGUGUAAGUGGAGCCUAAAUCUGAAACAUGCUACAAGAUUCUUUGGCAUACUGAUGGAAACAAUCCUGCUUUCUUUCGGCCACCCUCUUUGCUACAGGGAAUUGGACACUAUUCCAAAGACAGAGAUCACAGUUCUAAAUUGGGAGCUCUUCCCAUUUCAUGUGGAUCUUGAGCUGCUGUGACUGAACUCACAUUUAUCAAAUGGGAUUUUGCCUGCUUUGUGGCAAACACCAGUCUAACAUCUUCCAAGGCUUUUCAGAGGAUUGCAAUAAAAGCUGAAUAAAUUAGUUUUCCAUUAGCUCAAUUACGUUUGUCAUGCACGAGGUUAUUAUGCCACAGUAUAGUGUAUUACAGUUUGUGAAAGUGCCUUACAUUGCCUUUAGUACCUUUUUACCUUUCAUUUAUGUCUUUCUUGUAUGUUUUGAUGUUUCAUAUAUAUACACUAGUUUAGCUUUUUAUAAAAGGGACAGCCUUUGCUAAACAGAAUUGCCUCAGUUUCUAUGCCUUUUUGACUGUAAGUCAAUCCUUCUUGGUAAAUAUAUACUUUCUUCUCAUUGGAACACUGCUAGAUAUAUUUGUAUUUGUUCUGUUAUAGCAAAAUACCACAAGCCAUACGAUUUUUCACUUACUUUGCAGAUCAGUUUGUUUCCUGCUUUUAAUUUCAUGUAACCAUUUCUGAAAUCACAGAGAGCAUAAAAGUCUAAUUUCUGUUCUGAGGUCCUUUAGUAGGAAAUGCUAUUGAUAGAACAGUUAUAGCUAGUUUUGCGAUUUUGCUGUGGAAUUAUUUGAAACACUCUGCGUUUGUGGAGGCUGCAGUUUAUAAGGAAGGGAAGAUGUCUCCCAUUGUUUCACUUUUCCAUUGAAAAUUGCAUUCCAUAAGUCCACUGCUUUCACACUUUCACAAAAGAUGUGGACUUCUUACAGUAGAAAUGAAGGCAGCUUGUGAGCAGGCAUCUGGAAAUAUCUUCUGAAACCUGGCUCCCCUGCACAGGUAGUCUGCCGUAGCCAUCGCAGCAUGUCUGUGUGCACAUGUGUGUGCAAAGAGCUUUCCAGGCGCAUCACAGAAUGUUGUGUAACAUUUGUUUCCACCCGAGAGGGGAUUCCUUCUGCAUGUGGAGAGGAAAACAGGCAUAGCCUUGUUCAUAUAGAAAUGAACCAGGGCUGUACUGCAAUGGCCUCUAAGGCUGGCCAAUUUAAAAGCUUGCCAAGGCUUGAGAUGUCUUGGGAGUAAUCUCACCAUGAGAGAAGAAAUAGAAUGGUUCAUCUUUAAUGUGAUCAUGUUUCUGUGAGGGAGGUGAUAUAUAUGUUUGGAACGUACCCAUGUUCCUCUUCUUCCAAGAUUGCCUACUCUGUAUGGAGAAAGGGAGUCUCGUAGUCCUUCCUGCCUGUCCUGUCCUAGGUGUCUCAAGAUCCGUAGCAGCAUUUUUGGGUUUAACGAGAAACUUUCCGAAACUCAGUACAUAGAUCUAUCCACAGCAGGAUAUUUUAAAAAUAGCUUAAUUUGUGGUUUGUGUUUAACUACUCAUCUAGCAAAACGGUUAAGAAAAGCAAAUUUCCUUUCACUGUCCUGCCCACUGAAAUUUAAUGUAUUUAGUGAACACUUCUGAAACAAUGCAGAAGCUGGAUAAAAAAUGAGUUGUGAGGAUUUCAGUACAGAUUGACUUUUAGUUGUUAACUCUGUUGCUAAUGGUGAAAAACAACUUUCUGUGGCUGUAUGUGGAGAAUGAUUUUGUGUCUUCCAAAGGAACAUGCUUCAUUAUUCUGAGAACACAGCUAGAUCAAUAUGUUGUUAAUAUUCAGUACUGUUACCAUUUUUAUGCAAAAUGACAACAGGGAGGGAUAUACCUGAAAAUUGUGUGUGUGUGUGUACAUGGCUGCCAUGAAUGUCUCUAAUUAUAGUUCAAAUUUGAAUCAGGAACCUGCUUGACUAUUUUUAAAUUUAAUCUGGAUGGUUCCUGGAAGGAAAGGCAUCGAAUUUUCUUUUCAGAAUUUUCCUCCUGGUAUAUUUCAGUUCUGCCCCUGACAAUUCAAGGUUGUAUUUUUGUGUAUAGAUUUUUAUUGUUAAUCCAGUUUUUAUAAAAGCUGUCUGUGACACAAUAUUUUCUGAAAUAAAAAAGCAUAGAAUGAUCAAAA